CUGCCUAUUCUAUCUUUUAACCCCUCAGUUUAAGUUUCAUUGUUUCCAAUUUAUAGUCUUAAACGUCCCCGCUCUUCUUUUGACUGGAGUUUUUAUAUAUUAAAACAAAUUUUAGCCAGUUUUAGCCAAAUCCUUAGAUAAGUAAAGAAAAUUCGUAAAUUUAUUUUAAAACUUGUUGUUCAAAAUGAAGAAAAACUACUUCUUCGACGCCAUACUGGUGUCUUCCACGUUGCCGAAUGCCGACUUCAUGCGGGAUACCAUGAGAGCGGAUGGGGGUCGUAUCUAUAGCAUACGUCUAUUUGACGACUUUGAGGAUCUGCCCAUCGAUCGGUUGUUCGUGGAGGAGUUCCCUCCGGGACCAGCUUUGGCUCGGUUCACGGCAAGUCCCUGCGAACUGAUCGGCUCACUAACCACCAGGGGCGUCUGUGUGGGUCUCACGGAGAACAAUGAGCAGAUUGCCGCUGGAAAUUUCAUGCUGGGACCUCCCAUCCUGCGCCAGCUGACGGAAUCUGCCUUCUCGGUGACGCAGAACAUCACGGUGGAGCUGUUCGAGGGCAAAAACUCAAAGUGCGUUGUUGAGCUCAUCGUGAAGAUCAGCUCCUCCGAUCCAGAUAUUAACCAAAUCCUGGUACCAUUCGGCAACUAUGACGUGUGUCGACCCGCGGAGCGAGACAUAAGCAAGAGGGACAUCAUCUUCACUUUGGGUCGCUCGGGUAAAUGUGGCACUAGCGCCUGCAUCACGGACGAGCGACUGAUGUCGCAUGCCGGGGCGCCCAACCCUUGUCCUCAUGCGCCCACUGAGGGUGCGGAGGCCAAGGGAGGUGCCGCCUCUAGUUGCGGUUGUUUUGUGGCUGGCAUGGAAGCACCGAAUGCGGCUGAGGAGGCGAAGGAAAAGGAGCGGACUGCCCUGAAGCAGCUCAUCGAGGAGCUGGGUCUGGACAAAGUCAAGGUGCCCAAGCCUCCACGAACAUUCGAAAAGUCACGUCGUUGGCAUACCUCCACUUCGAGCCUUACUCCGAAUACCACCUCCACAUGCCAUCCCAACGAGUUCGGUCCGGAGACUGCACCCAGGAAGAGGAAGGCUCUCUCGUUGACCGCAUCAAUGGAGCAGCAGGCACGUCGCAGGAUCCUGGGCCCGUAUCCCGUCGCAGAGCCGGAACUGAAAAACGAGCCCUAUAAGCCGCCACAUCUCUGCCCGCUCUGCAAGUCGGACAUCAGUUGGCUGCCCAAGAUCUCGGCCUGUCCAUAUUGUGGCUACAAGACCUUCGAAAUCAUCGCCUCUAGCGAGGAUCCCUACGAUAUGACGACCACGGCACAGCAACUGUUGCAGGAUUGUCUGCGCAAGGAGGUUUGUGAGAGAGACUCCUUCGCAGGAAUGGUGGAUCAAAAUGACAAAAUAGGCGACGGAUCUGAUAAACUCUCCCAGCAUGAUGAUCCCAAUAUACCAAACCGGUGCCUUUGCAUAUCCGGCCAGCCCUGUGCCCGCUGUCGCAUUCGCACGCUCUGCGAAAACUACGUCAAGAACAACGAGGUUAAGCAGCCGCCGUUGCCCCAGGCCCAAGCUGGGUCCAAGGACCAUUCCCAGCCUGUUCAAGGAAAGGAGCCAAAGCGGAAGAAGUCCACUACCUCACAGCGACAUUCUCAGCUGGUAUCCAUCUUCACGGAGAUGAGGAACAUGUAUGACCCGAAGAACGGCACCGCCGACAAGGCAGACGAUCAGGCCAUGUGCGAGGCUAUCUGCCACGGCACCAAGACUUCCAAGGCCAGGAGAAAGGCCAGAAAGGAGUUGCAGAAGGCGCUCAAGGAGAUAGACAAGGCAUACCCCAGCCCGCCCAAGAAGCGUGUCAAGAAGCGCGUACAGCGACCCAAAUCCAAGUGCUACACCUUCCUGAAGGUGCACAAGCGACCAUCGAAUCCCCGGAUUGGGCACACGGACUGCAUCUCGGAUGGCGCCUGCUCCGGCUACUGCAAGGUACCCUGCCACAUGGGCUGGAUGUGGACCAAGAGUGAGAUGGCGCGCUACAAGUCCUGGCGACCUGGAGCCAUUGCCAAGCCCAUUCGCCAGAUGAUGGCCUACUUCCUGCGCGACUAUCCGGCGGACAACAUCUGUCUUUCACGCUACCACUACCGUUGGAGGGGCAAGGGCAGUAAGGAAAAGCCCGAGGAGGAGCCGCUGGUGCAGCAUCCUAUGCUGCAAAUCAGUCGCAGGGGCGACGAGUACAUCAUCACUCUGCGCCCUUUGAAAGAUCCCAAAUCUCUGUCGGUCAGUGCCAAUCCGUUUGCGGACAUGAAGCCGGUGGUCUUCCGCAUCACCAAGGAUCCCAUGGCUGUGGCGCUAAGGGAAUUGAGAGAGUUCCUGCGGGAUAGUGGCUUUGCUCCCUGCACCUGUGGCCGGCCCCUGGCCAACUGCUUCUGCCGGACUCACAUCGAUAAGAAGCGCAUUCAGUACGAAGUGGAUCAGCAAUGUAGCCGCCGCGGUUUGUCCUUCAACUCCGACACCUUUACGUACUCGGCCGAGAGCGAUGGCGACGACAGCGAUCGGGAGUACGAGUUCGGGGUAACUCCACCAGUCGCAGUCAUCAAGCCGGAGCGCCAGCCAAGACCGGACAGGACCAAUACGGAGACGCAGUACCUGGAGGAGGACUGGGCCUCACCCUCGGUGUAUCCGCAUCCGGCCAGCAUGCUCGUCCAGUACGAUGCCUGUGUGAUGGCCGAGCGCAAGAAGAAGUUCAAUUGGCUCUACGGCAAGGGCAACGUCCAUGCGGAACCCAAGAAGCCAAUCAUGAAGAAUAAGUCCACCAAGCCGGCCAAGAAGAAGCUGCCCUUCCGCAACGCUGGCGGCUUUGAUGAUCCGCGUCGCUUUGAUCCCCCACCGCUAAAUAGGCCGUGGAAAAAGAACGCCACAGGGCGGUAGAGUUAGAAACUAACUUACCAAGUGUUUUACUUAAUGGACCUUAUAAUAAAAAUAAAAUCAGUUUUAGUGAAAUGUAAA